UCAUUCGAGGAGGUUGAACGUAUUUCGUCCCUUCCGACUUUUCUGUUAUACGAUCGCGUACGAGUACCGAUGAUCGCAUCGCGAUAAACUAAUGUAGUCUACGAUUUCUACUUCCAUCACCAUCAUGUUUGCAAACCACCUCGCAUGACAAGAAACGGGAUAGAAGUAUAGAAAGAUGCUUAACGAAACCUACUAUCUUUGCACGGAGGAGGGGGAGAAAGAAACGGUUGAAAGUUACAAAGGUGUUUUGAUAGUGUAACGAGAUCGCGUGUGCGAGAUUGGAAGUAAAGAUAAAUCGUGUGUAUCGAAAUUCGCGAAUGAAAAAGAGUAUAGUCUGACAGACACUUUCGUGAAGGAUAUCGUGCACGCGAUAGCCGCCCUGUUCGGACUCUCGUUUUCUUUAAGGGCGAUUGUUAACACGCGAAGUCACACGAUUCGAUUUUGCACGUGUUCGCCGGCACGUGGUUCGUUCAAGAAAUAUGUAAAAUCUAUGGAACUCGGAAUCGGCAUCCCUUUGAAUCUUCCCGUCGAAUCAUCUAACUCGACAUAAGAUGCGAGAAUAGGGAAGGAAAUGGAGACGCUUUACACAGGAGCGAUCCACGGGUUUCCCCAAUCGAACGGCGGGCAGACUAAUGGAAUUUCGUCGGGAAUCGCCAGCUCAUUCGAUCAAGACGGCGUUUUGAGCCUCAUCGUCGUCCUAGGCGGAAGCCUGUCCCUGGUCGCCCUGGUCUUUGCCUUUAUUACCUACAGUCUGUUCUCGGACCUGAGGAGCCUUGCAGGCACGACCCUUAUGAACCUCUUGGCGGCCCUCUUCAUGGUACAACUGCUCUUCAUCGUUGGAGUGGGCGGAGUUCAAGUAAGUUGAGCUCUACUAAACAAU